AUGUGCAGGGGCACAGGCACAAAGCAGCCAGGAGAAGCAGAAGCUGCUUCUGGAGAGACUGUUCCUGGAGGACAGCAGGCAUGGAUCACAGAGGCCUUGUUAAAGGAGAGAGAUAAACAAGCAAAAUGGAAUGGGAUCCCCUUGCUGUUGCAAAAACUGUAUGAACACAGCCACCCCAACAGUGACUUCUCCCAGUGCCAAAGCAUCUUAAAGGAAAUUUCACCACUUCUUUCAAUGGAAGCCAUGGCAUUUGUUACAGAAGACAGGAAAGUUGCUCAGGAGUCCACUUUCCCAAACACAUACACAUUUGACUUAUUUGGAGGAGUCGAUCUUUUAGUAGAAAUUCUCAUGAGACCAACACUUAUUACACAGAAAAAGAAACAGAAAAUAAGUGAUGACCUCAUCAAGGACUGUCUGAGCAUACUGUACAACACCUGUAUUUGUACCGAAGGAGUCACGAGGCGAUUGGCAGAAAGAAAUGACUUUGUGUUGUUCCUGUUUACACUGAUGACAAACAAAAAGACAUUCCUACAAACUGCAACGCUCAUUGAAGAUAUCCUGGGAGUUAAAAAGGAAAUGAUCCAGCUGGAUGAUAUUCCCAAUCUUGCGAGCCUUGUGUCCAGUUUUGAUCAGCAGCAACUUGCCAACUUCUGCAGGAUCCUUGCUGUCACCAUCUCUGAGCUCGACACAGGAAGCGAUGACAAACACACGCUUCUUGCCAAAAAUGCCCAGCAGAAAAAAAACUUGGGUCCUUCUCGAGCUGAAAUUAAUCAAGCUACCCUUUUAAAUAUCCCGGGUUUCAUUGAGCGAUUGUGCAAACUGGCAACUCGGAAAGUGUCUGAAACCACAGGUACUUCCAGCUUCCUCCAGGAGUUGGAAGAAUGGUACACCUGGCUGGACAAUGCACUAGUACUUGAUGCACUGAUGAGAGUGGCAAAUGAAGAGGCAGAGCAGAGCAGUACAGAGUCUUCGGAUGAAAGUGGCUUGGCCAACACCUCCACACGGACACAGCUUCCCCAGUCCAUGAAGAUCAUGCACGAGAUUAUGUACAAGCUGGAGGUGCUGUAUGUCCUCUGCGUGCUGCUCAUGGGGAGACAGAGGAAUCAGGUUCAUAAAAUGAUAGCAGAGUUCAAACUGAUUCCUGGCCUCAACAACUUGUUUGACAAACUGAUCUGGAGAAAGCAUUCAGCUUCAGCCCUUGUUCUGCAUGGACACAAUCAAAAUUGUGAUUGUAGCCCAGACAUUACUUUAAAGAUACAGUUCUUGAGGCUUCUUCAGAGCUUUAGUGAUCACCACGAGAACAAGUAUCUUCUUCUAAACAGCCAAGAGCUGAAUGAACUGAGUGCCAUCUCCCAUAAAGCCAACAUCCCUGAAGUGGAUGCAGUUGUCAACACAGACAGGAGUCUUGUUUGUGAUGGGAAAAGAGGGUUGUUGACCAGACUGCUGCAGGUCAUGAAGAAGGAACCAGCUGAAUCCUCCUUCAGGUUUUGGCAAGCGAGGGCAGUUGAAAGUUUUCUACGAGGCACCACCUCCUAUGCAGACCAGAUGUUCCUGCUCAAGAGAGGGCUCCUGGAGCAUAUUCUCUACUGCAUUGUUGAUAGUGAGUGCAAGUCACGAGAUGUGCUCCAGAGUUACUUUGACCUUCUGGGAGAACUGAUGAAAUUCAAUAUUGAUGCAUUCAAGAGAUUCAACAAGUACAUCAACACAGAUGAGAAGUUCCAGAUAUUUUUAAAUCAGAUCAACAGCUCACUGGUUGACUCCAACAUGCUGGUGCGUUGCAUCACACUGUCCCUGGACCGGUUUGAGAACCAGUCUGAUGCUAAAGUUGCAGAGGUGCUGUCCGAGUGCCGCCUGCUGUCCUACAUGUCCCAGAUGUCCAUGAGGAUGUCCUUCCUGUUCCGUCUCAUUAACAUUAUCCACGUACAGACACUGACACAGGAAAAUGUCAGUUGUCUGAACACAAGUUUAGUCAUCCUCAUGCUGGCCCGAAGGAAAGAGAAGCUGCCUUUUUACCUGCGCACUUUGCAACAGAUGGAAUACACGGAGAAAUACCCGGGCUUCAUCCUGAACAACUUCCACAGCCUCCUGCGAUUCUGGCAGCAGCAUUACCUCAACAAGGACAAAGACAGCACCUGCUUAGAAAAUAGCUCAUGUAUUAGUUUUACCUACUGGAAAGAGACUGUAUCUAUACUGCUCAGUCCAGACCGGACAUCCCCCUGUGCCAUAGUUAGCUACAUCGACGAGGCAUAUAUGGACAUUGACAGAGACUUUUCUGAGGAGUAACCCUUCACCCUGGGCUCUCAAGGACAGCACUCGGGGGGCACCUCAGCCCGUGGAUUUUCAGGGAUACGCUGUGUAGUGUGUGUGUGUGUGCGGCUCGGAGCGCCGGGCCCUCCUGCAUUGUCACAACCCCAGCCCUCUCCUGAUCCCCAGCUCUGAUCUCUUAACAAAAAGAGACUUGGAAAGCUCUCUGGGCAACACAUUCAGGGAUGUAUCUUCCAGUUAUUCUGGGAUAAAAAUAUUCACCUGCAAAAAAACAGCCUCUUGAUUGUUUUU